UAUCGGAACGUCGUUGUUGUUUUUUUUUUUUUUAUUUUCGUCAACUGCAUAUGCGGCGAGCACAGUACUAGCAAGCCCGCAGUAAACGAGUCAGUCGUGACUGGACUUUCGAAGACAAAGCAAGUUGGACGAAUUUUCGACAGUUGACAUGACCCUCGAUCAGGAUUUCGAUGAAGCGGCAAAGGCUGUUAAAAACUUAACGAGUCGCCCAACGGAUGCUGAACUCCUAGAGCUUUAUGCUCUCUUCAAACAAGGCUCCAUCGGCGACAACAACACCCCGAAACCCGGAAUGCUGGAUCUCAAAGGAAAAGCAAAGUGGAACGCUUGGGAUGGAAAGAAAGGAAUGUCGAAGGAGGAUGCGAAGAAAGCUUACAUCGCUUAUGCAAACGGACUCGUCGCCAAAUACAAUUGAUUCUUUUCGUUUUCGUUUCAUUUCCUCAUCCCGAUGUUACAAAAAAUAUUACAAGUGUUGUGUUCGAUUUUAUACUGACGAGGAAUAUAAUGUUUUGGAAUGAA